AUGGUGAGUUUUCUCAGUAUCCAAACUGAGAAAAGGUCGCCCUCUUCAUGGCCUUCCAAGGCUAUUAGCGCCCUGUUCUUCGAGGUGGCUUUUCCUUUUGCGGUAACCUCAUACGGUGCAGGGCUCUUCUUUACCUUCAUGGGCCUGUCCUUUCACACGGGCAUCUACUUCCUGCAAGGAUUUGAUUUCUUGUCGCAGUGGUGCCCGGUGUACUUCCUCUUCGCGCUUCAUAAGGAUGCGUCGAUUCAGAGUCUCAUCAUGACCAUGGAAGAUGGAUUCAAUGCAACGUUGAACUUUGAGGGCUCCGGGUUCGUGUUGGCUUAUUUGUAUACGAUCAUUUCCAUGAUGGUCUCCUUAGUGAUGCUGGACGUGUGGUAUGGUGAGGUGCUUCCAUGGUCCUGUUGCCCCAUGUUUUUGGUGCCUCGCAAUCUCUUCAGCCAAGACAUGCCCCGCUGGUGGACCAUGACGGGACGCCCCGAUCAACGCAAUGCGGGCUAUAUGGAUCCGCUGAUGUUCCCUGGAAAAAAACUGAAAGGUGAAAAAUGA